AAAAAAAAAAAAAAAAAACGCUAGGGUGACGGACAGAAAAUGAACGGGAAAAAAAACAACAAAUAGCAACAUUACCCUUGUUUCUCUCUUCGAUAUUUUGAAGCUCAAAAUUGACGGAAAUCACCACUUUGCACUGCUGCCACCGCCAGCCGCACCUUCCAGAGUUUCAGCCACCGCCCACGGGCCAUCGCACCUCCGCACAGCCGCACUCCAGCCACUGUGUCCAACCCUCUAGAUGUUUCCUUGUAAAGAGUCUUGGAUUCUUGCUGAUGGGUGCUCCUAAACAAAAGUGGACAGCAGAAGAAGAAGCAGCUCUAAAAGCUGGAGUACGCAAGCAUGGGUCUGGUAAGUGGCAAACAAUACUUAGAGAUCCAGAGUUCAGCAAUGUCCUAUGCUCCCGUUCAAAUGUGGAUCUCAAGGAUAAGUGGAGAAAUAUUAAUGUGACUUUGAGUGGCUUAGGAUCUAGAGAAAAAGCUAGGCUAGCACUUAAGAGGAAUCCACAAAUCCCCAAACUUGAUGACAAGCCUUCGGUGGUGAACCAUUUUAGGAGUGAUGAGGAUGCUGUUGAAGAUGAACUUGUUGGUACCCCCAGUGAGACAGUUCAGGUUGCUGAUUCGAAGAAAACAUAUACAAGGCUGGAUAACCUCAUAUUGGAGGCUAUAACAACUCUUCAGGAGCCGAAAGGUUGUGACAGGAAUGCAAUUGCCAUGUACAUAGAGGAGCGGUUUUGGGCACCUCCAAAUUUCAGUAAAUUAUUGGCUUCAAAAUUGAAGUUUAUGGCAUCAAAUGGCCAGUUGAUUAAGGUUAAGCACAGGUAUAGAAUAUCUGAGAGUUUACCUUAUUCUGAGACAAGAAAAGAUUUAUUGGAUAGUAAAUACAAGGACCAUGCUAAGCCAGAAAGCAAGGAACUUAAAAUUUUUACAAGGUCAGAAGUUGUUGCAGAAUUGGGGAAAAUGAAGAGUUUGUCGCCUCAUGAAGCUGCUUCUGCGGCUGCUCGAGCAGUUGCUGAAGCAGAAGUUGCUAUUAUGGAAGCUGAGAAGGCUACAAGGGAGGCCGAGGCUGCAGAAGCUGAAGCAGAAGCUGCAAAAGUAUUUGCUGAGGCAGCAAUCAAAGUGUUAAAGUGUCAAAACCUUCGUGCGUGCUGACAUGUGUUGCUAUCUGGCUUACCAACUAAUGCUACUUUAAAUGCCUGGCACAAAACAAAUAGAUCAACUUCAAUGUUCCAACGCACUGUAGCGUGCCAUUGUGUUCAUAAUUAUAGUUUAAAAUGCUUUCUCUUGUAAAUUUUUGGUACUGAUAUCCAUGUGAAGAAACAAUUUGCUCAGAACCUUCUUUUAUGGAAGAAUUGAGAGUUUGAUAGGAUGUUUAUAGGUUCGGAAAAAAGGAAUGAAAUGAGGAACAUAAAGUGCAAAGAGUUUCAAAUUCCAAAUUGAAAAUCUUGUUUGUUUAUUUAUUAAUUUAUUUAAACUUUUUUUGAAUU